AUGCGUCAACUAAACGAUGCGGCCGGACAACGUUGUCUUGUGGGCCAGCGGCGGGGGGCGGGGGCCUCCGGAGCCCCGCCCACCCCCGCCCUCAUUGGUCCAGCCUCGUCGUCAUGGCAACGGGGCCGCCUGAGUGUGGGCCACCCACCUCGCGGCCGCACAAGUGGCGCCGCCAGAGCUACGACAAUUUCUAAAUUGUGGACGCUAAGCCCAGGUGGCACCCCUCACCAAGAGCCCAGCUGGCACCCCUCACCAAGAGCCCAGGUGGCACCCCUCACCAAGAGCCCAGGUGGCACCCCUCACCAAGAGCCCAGCUGGCACCCCUCACCAAGAGCCCAGGUGGCACCCCUCACCAAGAGCCCAGGUGGCACCCCUCACCAAGAGCCCAGCUGGCACCCCUCACCAAGAGCCCAGGUGGCACCCCUCACCAAGAGCCCAGGUGGCGCCCCUCACCAAGAGCCCAGGUGGCACCCCUCACCAAGAGCCCAGGUGGCACCCCUCACCAAGAGCCCAGCUGGCACCCCUCACCAAGAGCCCAGCUGGCACCCCUCACCAAGAGCCCAGGUGGCACCCCUCACCAAGAGCCCAGGUGGCACCCCUCACCAAGAGCCCAGGUGGCACCCCUCACCAAGAGCCCAGCUGGCACCCCUCACCAAGAGCCCAGCUGGCACCCCUCACCAAGAGCCCAGGUGGCACCCCUCACCAAGAGCCCAGGUGGCACCCCUCACCAAGAGCCCAGGUGGCGCCCCUCACCAAGAGCCCAGGUGGCACCCCUCACCAAGAGCCCAGGUGGUGCCCCUCACCAAGAGCCCAGCUGGCACCCCUCACCAAGAGCCCAGGUGGCACCCCUCACCAAGAGCCCAGGUGGCGCCCCUCACCAAGAGCCCAGGUGGCACCCCUCACCAAGAGCCCAGGUGGCACCCCUCACCAAGAGCCCAGGUGGCACCCCACACCAAGAGCCCAGGUGGCACCCCUCACCAAGAGCCCAGCUGGCACCCCUCACCAAGAGCCCAGGUGGCACCCCUCACCAAGAGCCCAGGUGGCACCCUUCACCAAGAGCCCAGGUGGCACCCCUCACCAAGAGCCCAGGUGGCGCCCCUCACCAAGAGCCCAGGUGGCACCCCUCACCAAGAGCCCAGGUGGCACCCCUCACCAAGAGCCCAGGUGGCACCCCUCACCAAGAGCCCAGGUGGCACCCCUCACCAAGAGCCCAGGUGGCACCCCUCACCAAGAGCCCAGGUGGCACCCCUCACCAAGAGCCCAGGUGGCACCCCUCACCAAGAGCCCAGGUGGCACCCCUCACCAAGAGCCCAGGUGGCACCCCUCACCAAGAGCCCAGGUGGCACCCCUCACCAAGAGCCCAGGUGGCGCCCCUCACCAAGAGCCCAGGUGGCACCCCUCACCAAGAGCCCAGGUGGCACCCCUCACCAAGAGCCCAGGUGGCACCCCUCACCAAGAGCCCAGCUGGUGCCCCUCACCAAGAGCCCAGGUGGCGCCCCUCACCAAGAGCCCAGGUGGCACCCCUCACCAAGAGCCCAGGUGGCGCCCCUCACCAAGAGCCCAGGUGGCACCCCUCACCAAGAGCCCAGAUGGCACCCCUCACCAAGAGCCCAGGUGGCACCCCUCACCAAGAGCCCAGGUGGCACCCCUCACCAAGAGCCCAGCUGGCGCCCCUCACCAAGAGCCCAGGUGGCACCCCUCACCAAGAGCCCAGGUGGCACCCCUCACCAAGAGCCCAGGUGGCACCCCUCACCAAGAGCCCAGCUGGCGCCCCUCACCAAGAGCCCAGGUGGCACCCCUCACCAAGAGCCCAGGUGGCACCCCUCACCAAGAGCCCAGCUGGCGCCCCUCACCAAGAGCCCAGGUGGCACCCCUCACCAAGAGCCCAGGUGGCGCCCCUCACCAAGAGCCCAGGUGGCACCCUUCACCAAGAGCCCAGGUGGCACCCCUCACCAAGAGCCCAGCUGGCACCCCUCACCAAGAGCCCAGGUGGCGCCCCUCACCAAGAGCCCAGGUGGCACCCUUCACCAAGAGCCCAGGUGGCACCCCUCACCAAGAGCCCAGCUGGCGCCCCUCACCAAGAGCCCAGGUGGCACCCCUCACCAAGAGCCCAGGUAG